CGUAUCAGAUCGUAUUUGAUAAGCUCAAAUAAAGCGCAAGUUUCAUUUUCACUGUUCUUCAUAUUUAUAAGUGCGUUUAAAGUAUGAUUUUAACUUUAUUAUGCUCUAAGGCGUUGAUCUUUGCAUCUAUUGAGGCCUCGCCAACUUUCACGACGCCGAGCAAAAGCUUCGAUGAAUUAUUGGAUGAAUUCAUGGUCAUAGAAAACAACCGAAAGACCGCCAUUAAGAUAGCUGAAGAGGUGGCUACAGGGGCUAAAAGUAACGCGACACUCAACUUUCUGAAGGUUGUGCGAGAGGCAGAUGAAGUGCUCGAGAAUAUACGACGCUACUUUGAUGCUGGUAAAGUCAUGUUCGAUAAGAAUAAAGGAAAAUCGAAACUCAAUGAAACAGAUUUACAUGCGCCUACCUCAGUACCGUCAAGUCUAAGUUUUGACAAAAUACUAGAUUCUUUCAUAGCCUUGGAAAUUAUCCGAACAGAUGCCAUAAAUAAGGCAAAAAAGGUGGCCACGAACCAGAAAAGCCGUGGGGCGCUGAAUUUUUUGGAGGCCAUAGGGCAAGCAAAUACUGUACUCGAAAACAUACGACACUAUUUUGACGCUGGUAAGGUAAAGCUGGACUUCGAAAAGGGAGAAUCGAACCUCCUGGAGGAAGAUGUAAAUUUGAAAACUUAUCUCCUGAGAGAGGAAAAUUACUUGAAAGGGCAAAUGCGUAGGCUGGCAAAAAUAAAAGAAAAUUUACAGUCUGGUGAGGGAUGUCUUCCACAGGACAUGUUGAGCGUGCUGCGACCUGUGAUGGACAUCAUCAAACAAAGUGAACAGGUGGUGACUCCUCUUGAAGAACAAUUACAAGUUGAGUUGGAAAAGGCCAAAAAUAAAGAAAACCCUAUUAAUGAAGCCGACCUCAACAGCCACACCGAUUCGAAGCUAUGAUGAAUUACUAGCUGGCCUUAUGACCGUCGAAACCAGCCGAAAAGCUGCUAUAAAGAGGGUGGUGGGGCUGGCUGCAAACCUAAAAAGCAACGUCACGGGC